CCUCGCCUAUGGGCCUUGAGCUUGGAACCAUGGAACCUUCCGCUGUUUGUGUAUUUGGGAUUGAUUACCGCUUUUUUUCAUGGCUUCCCCAGUUUGGCUCGCAAUCCAAUAGUCCUGCAUCCUCAUCCUCAGCUCAAGGCCCCAGUUUUCUCGGGGUGAUGUGCGUGGCUCCUCUUAAACUCCUCGCCUCCCACUAGUCGUCUUCGGGCCCUUGCAUACCUCCCUCUUUUCUUCUCGACGGAUUGGUGUUUGGCCAAGAUGUCGAGUCUCGGGUCAGAAUUCGGGCAAGAGUUUGCCAAAGAAACAUGGACGCUCUAUGCGGUUGGGCUUCUGGGGGUUGUGAUGCGAUUCAUUGCACGGAUACGACGGUUAGGCUUUCGGAACCUCCAGGCAGAUGACUACCUGAUGGUAUCGGCGGUGAUAUGGUAUACCAUUCUCUGUGUUGCCUUGAAUCAGGUUGCCUCCGGGGGAGGAUCGAACCUGAUGGAAGACGAAGACAUUGAGAACUUGACGCCGGCCAUACAUGCAGAGCGAGAGAGUGGGAGUAAGUGGGUGUUCGUAUCCGAGCACGCCUUUAUACUGGCGGUCUGGUCAAUGAAAGCCUGCAUGCUGGUGAUCUAUGCCCGCAUCACGAACGGGUUACAACAGCGCAGAUGGGUCAACUAUCUGGCCAUCUACGUGGCUCUCGGGUUUGUCGCUGUCGAGCUAUCUCUCUUCUUGAUCUGUCGGCCUCUGACGAAUUACUGGGCCGUGCCGACCCCGGACUACCAAUGCUCCUCCUACCAAUACUACGAAAUCGUCCAAGGAUGCAUCUCCAUCUCCGCCGACAUCUUCAUGCUCCUCAUCGGCAUCCCCCUCCUCGCCCAAGUCCGCGUACAGCUCAAGCAGAAGCUCAUCCUCAUAAUCCUCUUCGGCAUGGGCAUCUUCGUCAUCGUCGCCGCCAUCCUCAACAAAGUCUACUGCCUAGUCCCCUCCCUCAUCUCCUACGUCUACAUGAACUGGUACUUCCGCGAAGCAACCGUCGCCAUCCUCGUCACCAACCUGCCACUCAUCUGGUCGCUGCUCCGUGACGUCUUCCCCGUCCUCAAGAGCUGGACGGGCGGCUCCAAGCGCACCACCAAGGACUGGUACCGCUUCGGCAACAACAGCAAGGCCACCUCCGCCUACCGCCCUUACGGACCGCCCAGUCAGUUCCGGUCCGGCGACGUCAGCAUGAACACCUACAACCGCAGCAUGGUCACCUCGCAGAAGCCCGUCUCAGACCUUACCAGCUACUCUAAUAGUGACGAGCGGUUGCCUAGCGAGGAUGGCUCUGAACGUGCGCUCCGUAUCCGCCAGGAUGUGACUGUCACGGUGGAACGGGAGAUUCGGCCGCCUGAUUAUUUUGAACAUGGUGGUAACGUCCGUCAACCGGAGCCGUAAUUUACUUAAUUUUUGUUUAUAGAGUCUUGAGUUUAUAAAAUGAUACCUAUGCGCGUUACUAGACG